UGCCAAGUUUUUUUUUCAAAAAUAUUUUUAUUUUUUAUGAUAGAUAGAAAUAAUAAAAAAUAUGAAAUAAGAAUUUACUUAUUAAAAUACCAACUAGCUUACUCGUCGAUACUCCAACAUUAAUUUAAUCAUUUAAGUGAAAUGGCUUCCGCCAGUAAAAAUUACGAGGGAAACGAAGAGAAAGAACUUAGUGAGAAUUUAUCCAACGUAAAUAUUGAUCAGGACAGUUCUGAAGAAUAUACCAAUUCAGAUGAUGACAGCGAUAGUGACACAUCAGUAGAAUUGGAAGUACCGUUUAAAGUUGGCAUGUGGGAUUUAAAACAAUGUGAUCCUAAACGGUGUACUGGUAGAAAAUUAAUGAGAAUGGAUAUGAUCGAUAAACUUGGAAUGUCGGCAAUGUUCAAUGGCAUUGUCCUAUCACCCGUAGCUACUGAAAGCGUAUCGGCUAAAGACAGUACCAUUUUAUCAAAAUAUGGAGUGGCUGUUGUCGACUGUUCAUGGGCACGUCUUCAGGAAACACCAUUUCACAAAUUACAGCAUAGAAAAGCCAAGAAAAAUCUCAGGCUAUUGCCGUAUUUAGUUGCCGCUAAUCCGGUGAACUAUGGGCAUCCAAGUAAACUGUCUUGCGUAGAAGCAUUGGCUGCAGCCAUGUAUAUAGCCGGGUUUAAAGAAAUCGGAGAUUUAUACAUGUCUAAAUUUAAUUGGGGACCAACAUUUAUACGACUAAACCAAGAGUUGUUAGAUGGCUAUGCCAAAUGCCAGGAUGGCAAAGAAAUUGUUCUAUUUCAAAAUCAAUAUUUAGAUACACUUGAUAACGGACGCCAAUAUUCCGACAGCAGUUCAUCCAGCGAGUCUAGCGAUGACUGAACUACUGACUACUACUACAUAAACUUUUUAUAUUAUAUCGUUUAUAAUAUCAUUUAAAAUUGUUUAGGUUUAGUACAACUUACACAGACAAAGACUGAUUUGUGAACUCAAUAUUUUAUAAAAAAAAGUUUGUAUGAGGGGUUCUGUUCAACAAAAGAAAAUUAAGUAUAAAAAAAGUUUUACUUUGUAACUUUUAACAAAACGUAUAAUUUUUACUUUGCCAACUAGUAUUCUAAAAACAAAAAAAUAAUGCAUUUUUUAGUUUCAAAUAUAAAAUACCAAUUUAAGACAGUACUAUUUACCAUUAAUGUCACAAUUAUUUACCUAUUUUAGGAUAUAUAUAAAAUAAUAAAAAUUUUUUGAGUUGAUUGGACGGACUGCUUAUAGAAACUGUAUAUAUUUGAUAAAUAUUGGUACUCUUUUCAUAAAAAUGAAUGCCCAUAGUAGAUCUUAUUAUUAAUAAAUAUAGACAAUUUUUAAUGCAUCCAAUGUAUAAGCGGAAAAAUUACCUUAUUUCAGAUUACAAUGGUUUUAAUAAUUAUAAAAUAUGUAUAUAUAUAUCAUUAAUGGUAAUGUGUUAAAAAACACAAUUUACUUAAUAAAAUAUGAACUAAUCUAAAUAUUACAAAAAUUCAAAGAUAAUCAUGUUGAAGCUAGUCGACAAUUUCACACACAAUCAGUAUUUUUAAUUAUAUAAAUGGUGUAGGUAACCAAUACUAAUUACAAAUGAUUCAUGUGCUAGUAUUUGAAUGCAAAAAUAAAACAGAUAAAAUAAUUAUUACAAAUUAUUAAUGUCAAUACAAAAUGAAAAGGUAGAUUACUAAUUAAUGUAAAAAAAAAUGAAUUAAAACACAAAAUGUAAGGGAACAGUCGUACUCUUAAUUAUUUCACAAUAUAUAUAUGUAUAUACUACUUUACGCUUCAUCUUGUUCUUCGUCCUCCUCCUCACCUUCUUCUUCUCCGUCUUCUUCCUCCUCUUCAUCCUCAUCCUCCUCUUCAUCUUCUUCUUCGCCAGCAGCCAGUUCAGCUUCUUCAUCUUCCAAUUCUUUUUUAGCUGCUGCUUCUACUUCAGGAUCUCUAAAAAUUUUAAUUUAUUAGUUAGAUACAGUAAUAUCAUGUUGAAAAACUGACUUACUUUUCUAUUUUAUCUUUGUAAAAUUCUAUUAUGUGUUCUUUACGAGUUUGCUGUAUAAAUGAUACCGGAGCAGAAUAGUAUUGCUCUUUAACAUUGGAUCCCCAUCCGGAAUA